AUGCACCAAAAUAAUGAGCGAGAAACCUCAGAAGAACGAAAUGCUUGUCUAGAAAGAAGACGUAUAAGAGAUCAGUUAUGUCGAAAAAGAGAAACUUCAGCAGAAUGUGACACUCAAAGAAGAAAAGAUACUUACAGACAAGAAACUUUUGAUAAUAGUCAAACUCAAGAAAACAAUAGUACCCAAGAACAAGAAAUCUUAAAUACUAGCCAAACUCAAUGGCUUCAUAAUCCAGGAGGCGUACCUAUAGAGUUACAGGGCUUAACUGAGAUGGAAGAGAUAUUAAUUGCCCAAGUGUUCCCUGUUAUGUCAGUGUACAACCUUCGUGAUGUUUUAAAAUUUACAACUCGCCUUCCACAUCAUCCUUUAUCUCUAGAAAUUAUGGUUGUUCGAUGGCAAUCUAAAGAUGAAUCUGUAUUUAAAGAUUUUAAUGAAAGUCAGGAGAUUGCCAUGUUAGGUUCUGAUUUUGAACCGUAUACUAAGACUCUUAAUAAUGCUCGUGUUGUUUUUGGUGCAACUGUUGCUAUUGGAAGAGAUAAUUUUGAAUCCAUUAUAGACGAUCGUCUCACCUUUGUUGAUAAGUCGAUGCUUAUAAAAGAGUUUAUUAAGAGUUCAGAUUUAGUAUCGCUUGUUCUUCGUCCUCGUCGAUUUGGAAAGUCAACAAAUCUAUCCAUGCUGCACCGUUUCUUUGAAAUAUUACAGUCUCAAGAUGAAAAAAUAAUCCGUAAAAAGCUUUUUGAAAAAUUAAAAAUUUCAGCUGAAAUAGAAAUUAUGAAAAAACAUUUUGCCCAGUACCCUGAUUCAAUGCCUGGAACAUGGAAUGAUAUGAUAACACAACUAAGAGUACUUGUAGCUGAGAUUUACGAAAAACAUCAUUAUCUUAUUAACCAUUUAGAUCCCUAUGCACAAAAAAGAUACCAACGUAUUCUCGAGAGAGAUCAAACUUAUCCUGUAUCAGAAUUGAGUUUUGCAUUGCAGGAACUUUCCGAAUAA